AUGGGACGUCAUUCGACUUCUGAAAUCUUUGACAAUGAGUCUAAAAUCGACUUCGGGGUGCCGAGCAAGACUCUCGAGGACAAAUCCCCUCCAGCGGGUCUGGGGUUGGGGAGCUCAGUACAGCUUUUCGAUAUCGAGCAAUCAUCAAUAGUGGAAGAAGAGCGCAUAGUCGGGGUACAGCAAUGGCUUGUCUUUAUUUGCAUCAUUGUAUUGGCAACUAUGGACUCUUUCAACUCGACUAUCUUGAUCCCCGCCAUUCCUGGCCUCGCCAACCUUUUCAACACGUCUUUAGCGAGUACUCUCUGGGCCACGACUGUAUAUCUCUUAUUCGGCGCAGCAAGCCAUCUAUACUUCACCAUGAUGAGCGAAGUAUUCCACCAUGGUCCCGUAUGGAUCCUCGCCGUCCUCCUCGCAACAAUCGGCACAGGGGUAUGCGGCGGCUCCCUAAGCCUAGGCGAAUUGAUCAUCGGUCGCAUAAUCCAAGGUACCGGCGGCGGCGGCGCAAUGGCCCUCUGUUUCGUCGCCAUGAAGGAAUCCGCCCCUGAAGCAAUCCACUCACGGUACUCCUGCUAUAUCGUGCUUAUGCGAAUGGGCGGUGCGAUCUUGGGUCUUAUUUGCGGUGGUCUGUUUAUUGACCACGGUCACUGGACUUGGUCAUUCUAUUUCAAUUUCGCUUUCUGCGCCCUCGGUCUACUGGGUAUUCCAUUUGCGGUGGAUUUGCGCGUCUCAAAACAUGUGCCGCUGCGCAAAAUGCGCACCCUCGACUGGGUGGGUGUGAGUAUGGCGUUUUUUGGUGCCGCGGGUAUACUUGUUGGCCUUUCUUGGGGUGGGAUUUCGUACCGCUGGUCGGAGUGGGAGACUAUCGUGCCCAUUGUAGUCGGGGCUGUUCUUAUCCUGGCUUUGGGGCUCUAUGAGUCCAAGUGGGCCUUGCAUCCGCUGUUCGGUGGAUUCUUUCGGUCGAAAAUGAUGUCGAUGACAUAUCUCGGAUGCUUCUUGCAUGGUCUCGUGUUCCUGUCUCAUGUGCAAUUCUUCGCUCUGUACUUCAUGUCGACUCUUUACAUGUCAGCGACGAUCUCCGGAAUGGCUUUGCUUUCCUUGGUUGGACUUUCGAUUGCUCCAGUGGCGAUAGUGGGCAUGAUCCUCGCCCGAGAAAUGGAAUGUACCCAGUGGAUUAUAUCUGCAGGAUGGACAUUGACCAUUCUCGCGAGUGGCUGUUCAAUUCUUUUGAACAACAUAACCCCGACAAUUGCCUGGGUCCUGUUGCUAUUCACAGCCGGGCUGGGCCACGGCCUCCUGCUCUCUGGUUACAAUGUUCGCGUUCGAAAUGUUCCCAAGGAUGAAGAUACUCCGCUUUCAAGUCUCCCGACAACAAUCGCCUAUUACAUGAGAGCCUGGGGUUGGGCAUCUGCUAUACCUAUUGGUGGCGCGGUGCUCCUGAACACACUCGGUGUUGGCCUGGCAGAUGUUGGGCUACACCCAAGUCUGGUCAAUUCGGCAAAUGGGUAUCUUAUCCUGAUGAAGGACUUUGGUGUGACGGCUCAGCAACAAGAUGCGGUCAGCCUUGCUUCUGUUGCUGCAUUCCGGGCUUUAUGGGGGGUCGUCACUGGCUUUUCCAUUCUUGGGGGUCUUUCAUCGGCUUUCCUGUGGCGAAGAAGCAGGGAAUAA